AUGGUUAGUAUUACAGAUUCCAACAAAAGAUAUGAUAUUUAUUCUGAAAUAUACGGUACAAAAAGAUUUGACGAUACAUUUAAAUCAAAUGAUGACGAAGUUACAGCAAAUGAACUGUUAAAGAUUUGCAAUUUCGAUAAUAUUUUAAUGGAUGAUAUCACAAAUGACAUAUUAGCAAAUAGGUCCAGAGAGGAUAAACGGUCGGAAUCUGGAGAUAAUGCAUUCAUAUUGUCACAGAAUACCACAAUUAAAAACGUACCUGAUACUCAAAGUUUAUCAAGUGCAGAUAAUACACCUGUUAAUAGUCCAAGAAAGAAUGGAAAUAGAAACGAGAGUACAUCAAUGGGUUUGCAAAAUCAAUACUCUCAUCCACAAGCCAAGUCAACUAGUACAAAUCCAUUCAGUCCGAAUAAGAAAAAGAAUAGUAACAAUCAUCAGAGUGCACAUCCUAUGUAUUCAUCCUCUUCUUCAUCCACUGGUUCCACUCAUACUUUGCAAGGCAAAAAUAGUUCAAAUCAAAAAGUGCAGGUACAAGUUCCAACAGAUGAUAUAUAUGAAAAGACACAAACUACAAAUGUAAAGAAAAAUGCUUUACCAAGGAAAAAGCCUUCUCUACCACAUCUAGCAUUAGCUGGUCUAAAGAAACAAUCGAGUUUCUCUAGUCCAUCUAAUACACCUACACAAAAGAAGUCCCCAUUUCAGGGGUUUGGUUUGUUUCAUAGAUCAACAUCAAGAGAUUUUCAAGAAAUGGGAGACGGCUCUCAAUAUUCUCCUCGCAUACCACAGCAAAAUCAUGAUAUUUUGAAUAAUGGAACAAUUAGAGAUAAAGAUUCAAAUAAUAACGAUAAUAAACAUUUAACGCCGACAUCAAGUUCAUUGUCUUUGAAUUCAUCUGCAUUAAAGUCGAUAGCUACAAAUUUUCAAUCAAGAAGAUCAUCUCAAAAAUUGGAUAACAAAAACUUGACAGAACAUGGUACAAAUCCAUUUCUUGAUACUUCAGGUAGUCCGUUAGCGACAUCUCAAAAUGCAUUUGGAUAUUCUGAUAAUAAUAACUAUCACCCAACCCAAGGUCAUUCAAACAAUAUUCAACAUGGUCAGAACAAUCAGGUUGUUGGGCUAGGUAUUAAAACACGGAGUUCAUCAGCUUCUUUGGUUUCAAAGAGAUUUACAUCAAGCUCUGGAUCUUCUUUACCAUAUCAUCAACGUCAAAGUAGUUUACAUCAGGGACACAAGAAUCAUUAUAGACGUAGUAGUUUUACUCCACCAUCCUCAACUGUUUCUGCGAUUAAACAAAGUUCUCACGCAAGAUCUCACUCUGUAAAGAAACCUCAUAUUUACCCAGCUCUAUUAUCUAGAGUAGCUCAAAGCUUCAGGACGAUGAUACGGCUUGGAGAAUAUAAAAAAGACGGGUUAUUGUACCGUGAUGCUUUUACUGGACAACAUGCUGUUGAUAUUUUAUGUGCAAUGAUUAGAACUAAUGAUAGAAAUUUAGCAUUAUUAUUAGGCAGAUCUCUCGAUGCUCAAAAAUUGUUCCAUGACGUGGUAUAUGAGCACCGGUUACGUGACUCUCCUUUUGAAAUUUAUGAAUUUACAGAUAAUGCUAGAUUUAUUGGUUCAGGAAAACCAACACACGAUCCACUAAUGAUGAUGUCCAACCCAUCUACUCAAACAAGUUUUACAAGAACAAGUAGCCAAGGAUUGAAUAUGUCUAGUUCCACUUCAUCGUUGUCUAGCUACCAGACAAGUUCGACGUCGCUUUCGGGUAUGCCCACAAAUGGGAGGAUGAGCCAACAGACAUUGCCAUCGUCAGUCUCUGGAUCCUCACAACAAAAUGUGGAAGUCAUUCCAAAAACAACAAAUGUCAAUGGUGUUUUUACUUUACUUUCAGAAUGUUAUUCGCCAACUUGUUCCAGGGAUAAAUUAUGUUAUUCAAUUUCAUGUCCCAGACGUCUAGAACAACAGGCUAGAUUAAACUUGAAGCCUAAUGGUGGGUUAAAGAGAAAUAUAUCCAUGGCACUAGAUGACGAUGAGGAGGAGAAACCUUCCUGGACAAGUUCUGUGUCUGAAGAAAUUUGGAAAGAUUUAUCAAAAAAAGAAAUUAAGAGACAAGAAGCCAUCUAUGAAGUUUAUAUUACUGAGAAAAAUUUUGUGAAAUCCUUGGAGAUAACAAGAGACACUUUUAUGAAGACUCUUGCAGAAACAAACAUUAUCCCUGCUGAUAUUAGAAAGAAUUUUAUCAGACAUGUUUUCGCCCAUAUUAAUGAUAUAUAUUCUGUGAAUAGAAGAUUUUUAGAAGCUUUGUCUGAUAGACAGAAAAGUUCGCCUGUAGUUAGAGGAAUCGGUGAUAUCAUACUAAGGUUUGUUCCAUUUUUUGAACCAUUUAUUUCGUAUGUUGCUUCCAGACCUUAUGCUAAAUAUUUAAUCGAAACGCAACGGUCUGUAAACCCUUAUUUUGCCAGAUUCGAUGAUGAUAUGAUGAGUUCAUCUUUAAGACAUGGUAUUGAUUCUUUUCUUUCUCAAGGUGUUUCUAGACCAGGGCGUUAUAUGUUAUUAGUUAGGGAAAUUUUAAAGUCAUCAAAUCCGGACCAGGAUAAACGUGAUAUGGAAAGUUUAGAGAGAGCUACCGAAUCAUUAAAGACAUUCAUGAAGAGAAUAGAUAAGGCCAGUGGUGCAGCCCAAGAUAGACAUGAUGUUAAAUUAUUAAAACAAAAGAUAUUGUUUAAAAAUGAAUAUGUUAAUAUGGGUCUAAAUGACGAGAAGCGUAAGAUUGUGCAUGAGGGUAUACUAUCGAGAAAGGAGACUGGAAAGUCAGAUGCAACUGCGUCUGGUGAUAUUCAAUUCUACCUCCUAGAUAAUAUGUUAUUGUUUCUAAAAGCAAAGGCUGUCAAUAAAUGGCAUCAGCAUAAAGUAUUUCAAAGACCUAUUCCACUACCAUUACUCUUUGUUUCACCCUCUGAAGAUAUGCCUCCGUUACGAAAAUAUAUUGGAAGCUCGCCUGCAUCAUCUGGUACUAUUGUAAAACCUGAGUAUAAUUCAAAUAAUCCGAAGAAUGCCCUCACUUUCUUAUAUUACGGUGCAAAACAGAGAUAUCAAGUAACAUUAUACGCACCCCAAUUUGCGGGAUUGCAGACAUUGAUCGAUAAAAUUAAACAAGAACAGCAGCGUAUCAUAAACGAGACCUCUAUGAUUAAUAUUACUAAGAUUAGUGACAAGUUUUUUGAUUAUUCAAACAAAAUAAAUAGUGUGACUUCCUGUGAUGGUGGUCGUAAGCUGUUACUUGCCACAAAUUCAGGUCUGUAUGUUGGUAAUAUUAAGAGAAAGGAAGCGAAAAUUCAAGAAACACCAAAUGAUAAAUCAGCGGCUAACAGUAGUAACUCUGCGAGUCAGACGACUUUCUUUUCGACUCCAACAUUGUUAGUUCAAAAGAAUAAUAUUAUUCAAACUGCUAUAUUAGAAGAAUUUAAAUCCAUUUUACUUCUGGUUGAUAAAAAGUUGUAUUCCUGUCCAUUACAGCUACUUGAUGUGGAAGGUAAUGCCGCAUCUUAUUUCAAGAAACAUGCAAAAGAACUGAUUAACCAUGUCAAUUUUUUCUCGGAGGGAGAUUGUAAUGGUAAACGUCUAAUCGUGACAGCACAUAAUUCUUCUCAUUCUAUCAAAUUUUUUGAAUUAGAACAUCCUUUACUAUCUUCUGGUAGUAGUGCAAGUAAUAAAAAGAACUUAAAAAGAAAAAUUACAGAAGUUGUCUUUGAUUCUGAACCAGUUUCCAUCUCAUUUUUGAAAGCUAACCUUUGUGUUGGAUGUAAAAAGGGAUUCCAAAUUGUUAGUAUUACCCAAAGUGCACAUGAAUCACUAUUAGAUCCAGCUGACACGUCAUUAGAGUUCGCUCUAAGAGACACAUUAAAACCUAUGGCCAUCUACCGUGUUGGUAAUAUGUUCUUAUUAUGUUACACGGAGUUCGCAUUUUUUGUUAAUAAUCAAGGUUGGAGGAAGAAAGAUUCUCAUAUUAUUUACUGGGAGGGCGAACCUCAAAAAUUUGCUAUUUGGUAUCCUUAUAUUUUAGCCUUUGAUAGCAACUUUAUUGAAAUUAGGAAAAUUGAAAACGGCGAAUUAGUCCGUUGUAUUUUGGGAGAUAAAAUUAGAAUGCUGCAGAGUAAUACGCAAGAGAUAUUAUACGCUUAUGAGGAUCUGCGUGGGUUCGACACUGUUGCAUCGUUGGACUUCUGGGGUUAG